AUGAUGAAUUCAAUCCUUGGUGAUUUCCUCGACAAGUUUGCCCUGGUUUACCUUAAACGACAUCCUUUAUCUUCAGCCGUACCAAAGAAGACCAUCUCAAUAUGUGACGAUGGUGAAUUGCAUCCUUUGGCUUUUGAAUCCAAGAAGCUUUCGUCAGCGGAGCGCAAUUAUCCCGCACAAGAAAGAGAGCUGCUGGGUAUCUUGCAUGCGUUACGUUCUUGGAGAUGUUUCAUUGAAGGUCGCUCUUACAAGGUGUAUACGGAUCAUCAUCCACUCAAGUAUUUCAGGUCUCAACGCAAGCCCACACCUCGUUUGACUCGAUGGAUUGCUGAAAUGGAGCUGUAUGAUCCCGAUAUCCAAUACAAGCCUGGCAAAGACAAUCAUGUACCUGAUAUCCUUUCUCGACGUGAUGGUGCUCAUUGUCUUACCAAUGAAUCGGAUAUGGAGCCUGAGUAUCUUUAUGCAACACGCGCAAUUCAAGAAUCCGAUUGGCCAAAGUUCUACUUGCGUCCCGAAGAAAAGUGGCCAUCAUCUUAUGCUGAUUUGUUACGCAAGCAUCGUGAACAAUUUGUGGUGCGUAAUGAUAUGGUUUUUCGCAAGGUCAAGGUGAACAACACUCUUCAAGAAGUCCGCUUUGCAAUGUUCUCUCGGCGUGCUGACAUUGUACAAGAAAUCCACAAGGCUUUUGGACACCCUGGAAUGACCACUAUGCAGGAUUUGUUACGUACGCUCGAUACUGGUGCUAGUACAUCUUACAUUUCACCACGUAUUUACAAGCACAUGACGCAUCACUUGGUCCAAGGACGAGAGGUUGAAACAGCUGGUGGACAUACUAUGGCGAUCAAGUCACUCGUAUCUUUUGAUCUUUCAAUGGCUGACGGCUACACCCAUCCAUGGAAGGCGUAUGUGUUUGAUACCAAAUUUGACAUCAUCCUUAGCAGAGAUUGGUUCAAGCAUGUGUACAACCGGUACCAGAUUGGCGACACGACACCUGACGAAUCAAACAGAACUGACACACCCCAUAUCUUGACUCCAAGUCGCGGCGGCAGAUUCUGA